AUGCAGCCCGCCCCCGGAGAAAUGGCCGACAAGCCGUCGGACGUUUCCGCCGGAACUGCCCAGAGCCGUCGAAGCUACCUUCCUGCUCAUCGGCUCGCGACGUCGCCACCACGACCAGGAGACUCGGGUUUGUCGGUUUGCUGGAGAGCCCAGCCUCGUCGUUGCACGGCCGGCUACUGA